GGUGAAUCCUGAGCCGAUUGAUAAAUCUAUACUAUGGGGAGAAGGUGAACACCGUGCUUGACGUGUGUGGCUUGAUCAGGAGUGUUAUUCCCAAAUCGUUAUGGGGCGAACGUUAGCUGCAGUUUCUUGUGGAUCCUGCAUGAUUGGGAUAAGGAUACUAGUUACUCAUGGGGAUCUGCCGUCUUGUCGAACACAUAUCGUGAGAUGGGCAGAAUGGUCUUUGGUUAUGGAUCAACAGGCAGUAGUAUGCAUGGGGACUUGGCUGGUUGUUUCAUUCUCCUUCAAUUGUUGGCUUGGCAGAGGCUACCAAGCAUUUCACCUAUUCCCCGUGAGCACGAUGUGCAUCACGUCCCUUUUGGAUUAAGGUGGACUGAUCUGGAGAGCAAUGAAGAAAG